AUGACAAAAGACGAUAAAAUCUUGAAUGCACAUGAUGAUUUGGUGAGUACCGAAACUGAAAUCUUUAAUCCUAGGAAACCUCAAAAACCUGGUCAAUAACUGGAAGAAAACUGACGAAAAGAAAGGCCUGGAAUUUUUGCAGAUUCAAGCGAGAAUCAAUCAAGUACUCGUUCUGCGUAAGAAACCCUUCCCAGCGGAUCUCAUCGAAAAACAUCAAGUCGUCGUCAAAUUCCGCAAAGACGAAAAACAACUCGGCCUCUCGUUACGUCAAGGAAUGGUGACACGUGUCGUUUUCGAAAGUCCCUUCAAAGGUUCACUUGUCGUCGGCGACAUUUUGAUAAUGAUUAAUGGAACAGUGGCCGCGUUUGAGGGCGUGUCUUUGACACCGAAAUCCAAGCCUUUUAAUGUUUUGGUACACGAUGCGCUGUCGGAUAAUUCGCCAAAAAUCAGAAUCACUUUUGUCAGAUUGAAGCAUCGGAUUCAGAACGGUCCCAUUCCCAAAGAUGUCACACCGAUCGAAGGUCACACAAUUGAAACGGCUAUGAUCUAUCAAUUCAAAUAUCUCAAACUCGGCAUCAAUAUUCAGCAAGUUGGUGAAUAUGUGGUGGUAAAUUACACCUCACCAGACACCACCACAAAUAUCUCGUUGAAUAUUGGUGAAACGAUUCUGGCGAUCGAUGGGAUUGUGAUGAAGACGAUGGAGGAGGUGAGAAGGAAGAUUCUCGAAUCAUCGAAUCAGAAGGGAAUGGCUGUGUUGACGGUGUCGUUUCCGACGAAUGAUAUGUUGCGGAAUUGUGUGCGCAAUCAGUUGGCGGUACGUCUCUAGCUUCUCUACCCACCCUCCCACAUUCCUCAUGAUCUCUAAUCCAGGCUGCUUCCAAAGAUGCGCCUCGACCAGUUUUCGCCAUCUACGACGACGUGCGUCAGUAUGCGGAGGACGGCAUCCGCGCCGCAAAAACCGCCGCCGAACCCGAUCCGAUUUUCCCAGCCGGCGUCACAAAAACCGUGGCGGGAGGUGCGCAAGAAAAAACGCAAGAUCUUGAUUUGGCUGAGCGACCGAGUCCGCUUUCGGGAGGCACGGCGAAUUCGAAAGUUGACAAACCGAAAAAACCCGGAGGGCUAUUCAAAGUUAAGAAGAUGUUGAGUUUUACGAAGAGGUACGAUGCUCCGGAUUUACACUGGACUAUAAGCAUUUUUACACUCGAAAAAUGCGCAAUUCUCCGGUGUAAACCUGGAGUAUCGUUGUAAUUUCUUUCAGAGACAACAAAAAAGAGGGUUUCGGAUUCCGUGACACUGUUGGAGAACACGAUAUUCCCAGCGAAUGGAACUCCAAACUAUUUGUCUAUCUUCCAAAAAUGAAAACCGUCGAAACUGAGACGAAUGGCGCGCAGCAAACGAGUGUUUACAAGAAGACGUGA